AUGCCAGAACAAUCCCCUCAACCGCCGCCCCUCUCAGGAAUUCGCGUCCUCGAAUUUGCAGGACUGGCUCCAGGCCCCUUCACCGGCAUGCUCCUCGCUGAUUACGGCGCCACGGUCCUUCGUCUCGACCGCGCUUCCGCACACCCAACACCCACAUCUGACCAGCUCACCCGUCGCAAAUCCUCCAUAUGUGUGAACAUAAAAUCGCCCGCUGGUCUCGCGCUAGUCAAAAAGAUCAUCCCAACCGUCGACGUCCUCAUCGAUCCCUUCCGUCCCGGUGUCCUUGAGAAAGCCGGAUUAGGACCCGAAGAUGUGUUGAUGAAGAUAAAUCCGAGGCUGGUUGUGGGUCGCAUGACCGGCUUCCGGCGCGAUGGAAAAUACGCGAUGAUGGCUGGCCACGAUAUAAACUACAUCGCCGUGUCCGGUGUACUCUCCAUGUUCGGCCGGAAGGGGGAGAAACCGUAUCCACCUGGCAACGUGGUCGGGGAUUUCGCCGGCGGCGGCACCAUGUGUUUCCUCGGUAUCCUCCUUGCAUUGCUCGCGCGAGAGAAGUCAGGUUUUGGGCAGGUGGUGGAGGCGAAUAUGGUGGAUGGUAGCGCGAUACUGGCGACGAUGCCGAGACUGGGGACGAAGACGGAGGUUUGGAGGAGGGAGAGGGGGACGAAUAUGUUGGAUGGGGGUGCGCCGUUUUAUGGCACUUAUGAGACGAGUGAUGGGAAGUAUAUGGCUGUCGGAGCAAUCGAACCGCAAUUCUACGCCGCCCUCCUCCGCGGCCUCAACCUCACCUCCGACUCCCUCCCCGGUAACCGCGACAACCGCGCCGACUGGCCCACCCUCACCGACUUCUUCACCAAAGUCUUCAAAACCAAGUCCCGCGCAGAAUGGGAGUCCAUCUUUGACGGCACAGACGCGUGUUGUACGCCCGUCUUCACACAAGCCGAGCUGGAGGAACAAGGCUUCGAUCAACGACCUGCUGUGACGCUGAAAUCCACGCCCGCAUUCGCGGUGCAUGAAGGGGAUGAGGGAAGACCGGCUGCUGUCGGACAGGGUAUCGGAUGGGAAGGCAGUGGAUGGGAGGAGAAGGGGUUAGAGCCCGGAAGUGGGGGAGAGGCAGUGCUUGGGCAGUGGUUGGGGUGGAAGAAGGGGAGGCAAUAUCAUGCUGAGAAUGGGGGGUUUGUACUGAAGGAGGCGUCGAGGCUGUAG